CCAGAAGCCGGGCGAGCGGCCGCAGGGCGAGCAGCCAGCGAGCCAGGCGCGCGCGUGGGCCGGGGCGGCAGCGCCCCCCGCCCGAGCACCGAGGGGCGAGCAUGGCCCGCCCGCGGGGGGGCCGGGCCGCCGCGCACGCCGCCCGCGCCCCGCGCCCUGCCCAGCCCGGGUCGCCGCCGCUCGCGCCCGCCGCUUAGCGCUCCGGCGCCGCUCGCUUCCCGGGGCAUCGCGGAAAUACCGCCGCAGACGGACACAAUGGCGGCGGCCGCCACCACGGCCGCCUGCAGCGGCUGCAGCGCCUGCAGCGCCGGCACCGACGCCGCGGGCGCCAGCGGAUUGCAGCAGCCGCCGCCGCAGCAGCCCCAGCCCGCGGCCGCCGCGCCGGCCCAGCCGCCGCCCGAACCCCCCCGGAAGCCGCGUGUGGACCCGCGGCGCCGCCAGGCUGCCCUCUCCUUCCUCACCAACAUCUCGCUGGACGGACGGCCGCCGCCGCAGGACGCCGAGGGGGGCGGCGGCGAGGAGAGCGGCGCGGCCAAGCCCGGCGCCGGCAGCGCCUGGGGCGCGCGGACUCGGUUCAGCCUGCUCGCCGCCGCCGAGCGAAGCGGCUUCAGCGCGUUCGCCGCGCCCGGCACGCCGUUGGCCGCCGGGUCCGGCCCCUGCCUCCUGCAGCCCUCGCUGCUGCCGCCCCUGGCCCCAGGCGGCCACGCGAUGGUGCCCAUCGUCGGGGCGGCGCGAGGGUUCGCAAGCCCCCUGGGCGCCGGCCGGGCGUCGGGGGAGCAGUGGCAGCCACUCCGGCCGGCGCCCCUCGCCGCCUGUGCCCAUCCACAGCCGCCCGACGGGGGCUCCGGGCAGGAGGAGUUGGAGGAGGACGAUGCCUUUACCAGCGUGCAGGUGCCAGCGGCCGCCUUCUUUGGCUCCGGGACCCCCGGGAGCGGCAGCGGCAGUCGGGGCCGCCUCAACUCGUUCACUCAGGGAAUCCUGCCCAUCGCCUUCUCCAGGCAGACCUCGCAGAACUACUGCUCCCUGGAGCAGCCGGGCCAGGGCGGCAGCACCAGCGCCUUCGAGCAGCUGCAGAGGUCCCGACGUCGCCUCAUCUCCCAGAGAUCUUCUUUGGAGACCCUGGAAGACAUCGAGGAGAAUGCCCCUCUGCGGAGAUGUCGAACUCUCUCAGGUUCGCCCAGACCAAAGAAUUUUAAGAAGAUUCAUUUUAUCAAGAACAUGCGGCAACACGACACGAGGAAUGGCAGAAUAGUCCUUAUCAGUGGCAGAAGAUCCUUCUGUAGUAUAUUUUCAGUGCUGCCGUACCGCGACAGUACCCAAGUCGGGGAUUUGAAGUUGGAUGGAGGGAGACAGUCAGCUGGCGCCGUGAGCUUGAAAGAGAUCAUUGGUCUGGAAGGUGUGGAGCUGGGUGCUGACGGGAAGACUGUUUCCUAUACCCAAUUUCUGUUACCCACAAAUGCCUUUGGAGCCCGGAGAAAUACCAUAGACUCCACCUCCUCCUUCUCCCAGUUCCGUAACCUGAGCCACCGCAGCCUCUCCACAGGCCGGGGGAGCAGCACCCAGGGGAGCCUCGACACAGGUAGUGACCUGGGAGACUUUAUGGACUAUGACCCAAAUCUCUUGGACGACCCCCAGUGGCCUUGCGGAAAGCACAAACGCGUUCUGAUCUUUCCUUCAUACAUGACUACAGUGAUUGACUAUGUGAAGCCCUCGGAUCUCAAGAAAGACAUGAACGAGACCUUCAAGGAGAAGUUUCCCCACAUUAAGUUAACACUCAGCAAAAUCCGGAGUUUGAAACGAGAGAUGCGUAAGCUGGCUCAGGAGGACUGUGGCCUCGAGGAGCCCACGGUGGCCAUGGCCUUUGUCUACUUCGAGAAGCUCGCCCUCAAGGGGAAGCUCAACAAGCAGAACCGGAAGCUCUGUGCUGGGGCGUGCGUGCUGCUGGCAGCCAAAAUUGGAAGUGACCUCAAAAAACAUGAAGUCAAGCAUCUGAUUGAUAAACUGGAAGAGAAGUUCCGGCUGAACAGGCGAGAACUGAUUGCCUUUGAAUUCCCAGUAUUAGUGGCCUUGGAGUUUGCCCUGCAUUUGCCAGAGCACGAGGUCACGCCCCACUACAGACGCCUGAUGCAGAGCUCCUAGCACCAGCCCCGGGGUGGCCCAAGGACUGUUUCCUCCCAGCUUGGUGGAGCAACACUUACCACUGGAAAUGCAAAAAACAGAACUCAAAAGACCAAACUUUUCCUUCUCAACAUGUUUCUGUGGAGAAGCUAGUCCUGGAACCUUCCAGGGAGUCUUCAGUGUGACUAGCCCAGAGAAGCCUGGAGCUGUGUCCCACACAGAACAAGGGACGAGGAGACGUGUGCGCGCAGCAGGGGCCCUUCCCACUAGCGAGAACUCUUAGCCGCCCCACCUUGGUCUUCCUCCCAGGCACACACAGACCUUGUGAAUGUGGUCUAGCGUCUUCUCUCCAGACCUGUUCCAGCUCAGGGCACAAAGGGCUUGCACAGACGCCGGGUGAGAAGCUGCAGAAGUUGGGAAAAAGCUUUGCAGAGAUGCCCUCCUUGUGUCCAAGAGUUGUGCCAAUCUCUUUUUGUAUCGGCCAUUGGAAGUGCACUUUCCCCGGGGGCGUGUGGGUUUGCAAGAUACUGCAGCAGCCCUCACCCACCCCCAUAGCCAAGCCCACCCCUGAUAGAGCAGACCUCAGCCUGGGGUCACGAGCCAGGCUGAGGUUUGGCAAUUCUUUUUAGAUGCUCUCUGGAUAAGAAUCACUGUCUCCACGCCAGAUCAUUGGACAUUCUCUGCCCUUAGAAAAUGAUACUGUUUCUGUCACCACCAAGGGGACAAACAAGAUGAGUUCUCAGUGUUGGAUGAGUCAUGGAAAGGCAUGGAGCAUGGCGCCCUGCCCCUUCCUGCCGCCGCGAGGCGUGCAUGUAUUUAACCUUGGCACUUUCCCCACUGUGGAGACAGCGGGGGUGGCGCUCGGUGGCGGCGUCCCUGUGCUCUAUGUUAGAGUGCAUACUGAGCACGUUUCCUGUGCUGUGUGUAUCUAUAUAUAAAACGUUUUAUAAAAAUCCAGAAUAGGAAUAAGACGCAUGAUUGGUGUUUGGCGUUCGCCCAAUGAGACAAAGUAGGGUUUAUGCUCAGGUUGAGCUGAGGCCGCAGCGGCUCUUACCAUUCCCGGGUACCCGGGGCUGUCAGUGCAGGAUUUUAAUUAUGACUUAUCUUGACUCACGGGGACGCCUUGCAGUAGGCAUGUCACCAGGCCAUCUCAGAGCUACAAGAGAGAGGUGCCUUGACCGAAGAGAGGCUGCAGCCAUAUGAAAAGAGAAUGAAACCCUUUUAUGUAUACCUGUAUGUGUAGACACACGUGUCUUCCCAGUCACCUCAACCUUCCACUGCUGAUCCAUCCGCCACCCCAGAUUGCACACAGAGGUCCCACAUUCGGAGCUUCUCAUAGCAGCCAGAGAAGGGGUGAUGGGGGAGCCGAGUAGAGACAGCUUCCCUUAGCUGAGCUGUCAAGGUCUUGUCAAGCCUGUGGGGGGCAGGGAUUGAAGCAGCUGCUGGGGAGGCCCAAACAGAAUACUUGACUUCUUCAGAACCUUUGAUUUAACUGAAUUUUAACUGUUUUAUUUGUUCUAAAUAUUUUGCUAACAAAUUUCCUUGACUGGAAUCAGUUGUAAGAUGAUUUUGGAGGGGGUCAGGGGCAUGAUUCAUUUGGUCUCUUCAGCCGAUCGAAAGUUAGAUCAACUAAUAUUUAAGGGUACCAGCUAUAAAUAAAGCGAAUCGGGAAGCACAGAAUGUGCAAGAGGGACUGCCCUAAGCACACAACGCCCUCGCCCCUUCUCUUGUGGAGUUGGUCACCUUGCUUCUCUUUGGGGAGCACCUGGCUCUCCACCUACCCAUGCAGCUCCCUGGCCAGUCCUACGAAGCAGGGCUCCAUUAUCUAGAGAUGGCCCAAUAGCUCCCCCACCACCCACCCACCCACCUUGAGUCUCCUGCUGCACUCAGGGACAUCAGGUGGAUGGCACAGGCCACCAGCCCAGACUGGAGCGAGAAGCCUGAGUUCUAUGUCUUAAAAUCAGGCUAAUUUUUCUUGGAUUUGGGGUGAUAGAUUUGGUCAUUAGCAUUUAUGAAAUGAACUCAUGAAGUUAGUGGUGUAUUUAAAGACAUGUUAAUUCUAAACUCCUUCCUGGCCUAUGGGUUUGUUGAGUGGGGAGUUUUGUUGGUUUUCAUUUGGGCAGAGGUUCAGGGGCUGAGAGUGAAGGCAUUCGAUCAGGUCUCCUUUGCAUGUUCACAACACGAGCUUUCCAGAGGCAAAGGAAGAUGAGAAGGUGGGGGAAACACGGUGAAGGAUACAGGUCACUGCCAGAGCCACCACUGAGCUGUGGAACCUUCCAGACACUUGUCAACCUUGGGGUUUGGUGAGGAAGCCUGAGUAUAUGUACCCACAGAAGACCGCUGACCAGACUGGUUCUGAGGUUUUUUGACCACCACCAAGGCAGUUUUGGCCCCUCUGAGUCCUGGUCCAUCUUAGGACUGCCCUGAUGCUGCCCCCCAGUUCUCAGGCACAAGCACCUGCAGGAAGGUCCGCCCACCAGGCUCCUUGGGACACACACCUGGAUCUGCCUCUUUCCCCAGAGGUGGCCUGGGGGACCAAGAGCCCCUCUCCCCUAGUCAGCCCUGACUGUUAAGUAAGGGAACCAAACAGCAGCAAGGUUGGGACAGCUGCCCUUGGGAGGAAGCAGGAGCAGGGGCCCAUCUAGAGCUGGGGACCUCCACUGUCCCUGCCCUAGAGGCCCGGGGCCCAAGCCCCAACCAGCCCAGGGAUACUUAGAAGUGACCAUUUUUCCUCCCUAAUAAAAUCUAUGUUAAACCAGGAAAUUCAAACUAAAUGCAGACGUCUUUUGUUUACCUUGGCUUUUAUUUCUCUGUAGAUUCCCCUACAGAGCUGUUGCUUUCACCAGCUGGCAGGCUUGGCAUGGGGCAGCCACUUAGCGCACCCAGAGCACUCUGUACCAUGGGCCCCACCUUAGAACAUGGGAGGUUUCCGUCCCCUCCUUGUCAUUCCUUCCUGUUCCCUCCAUCCCUCAACAGCAAAUAAAACUUUCAUGCUCUUGCUGCUG